CGGCUCAGUUCGGUUCGUUGCGCUCGCCUUCUCCGAGCCCAAGCUUGGUUAAAACCCUAGCCUCCGCAAUCGCGCGAUCCCCUUUCCCGUCUUCCCCUCCGCACCCGCUGCUCGCCGUUGAAGAGGCGGUGGCUGCUGCUUGGCGGCGUGCGGGCGCGCACACGCAACUCCGACUCUCUACGCGCCUUUCCGAGGGGGUCGGGGGAACGCGAAGCGGGGGCCUCCCUCCCGAUGCCCCCUAUCCCCAGGGGCGAAGGAUUUGGGCGUGGCGUCCCGGGAGUCGUCCCGGUAGCCCCGCUCUCUGCGGCGGCGGAGCUAACUUCAGCCCUGACUGAAGAUCUGGUGUGUGGCCAUCAGAGAGGUAUCAACAACUCUGAUGUUACUGGUGCUCUGUCAAAACCAGAAAGGACGUAUUCUUAUUGAGCACUAUGAGCAUGCAAGCCUGUAAGAAGAGGAGGACAGCUUAUAUAAGCAAUGGGUCAGAGGGUUCCGGUACAGAUUUGGAGGUUGAGGGAAGUAAACUCUCUCAAAAAUCUAAGGUGACAUCAAUUUCUACAUCAGAGCACCAACCACUCUGUAAGAACAUGUCUGAAAGCAUGAAUGUUAGUAAGACAAGGCUGUGUGGGAAAAUUCUGAGGAAACUUAUGGAUCACAAAGGUUGUUGGCUUUUUGAUAAACCAGUUGAUCCUGUUCUUUUUGGGAUUCCUGAUUAUUUUGAUGUUAUCUGCAACCCAAUGGACUUGGGUACUGUUAAGAAGAAACUCACAAACAAGCAAUAUGUUAGCACCAGUGAAUUUGCAGCGGAUGUGAGGCUAACAUUCUCAAAUGCUAUGAAGUAUAAUCCUCCAGGAAAUGAUGUUCACACAAUUGCUGAACAGUUUAAUAUAAUAUUUGAAUCAGAAUGGAAAUCAGUGGAAAGAAAAUGGGGCGACAGGAACUCAGCACAAGAGCAGCAACCAAUGAAAGCAAUAAAGGCUCGAGCAGCCAUGAAUUCAAAGUCUGUGAUUCCUAGCGGGUUGGUUUCACGCUCAAACUCACUUGCAGAGAAGCCAUUGAUAAAUGCAAUAUCCUCCAAAGUAAAAAUUAAUUUUUCCAUGCGAAGCUCUGAGAAGACAUCUUCCAAAGAUAUGCAUUUUCAUGCAGCUAGUAGCCGAGAGCGCUCUUUAGAUGUUACAAUCCCUUGCACCAAGUUCUCCCUCUUAAGCCAUAACUUCUAUCUUCAGGAGAAUGCUAAAAUAUCAAGGAUACUAUCAAAUGCAAACAGCUUUGAAUCAAGUAUUUUAAGUGGAAAUGAAUCACUGUCUUGCACAUCACCUCUUGCUUCCUCCGGGCAAGGAGAGGAAAGUUAUUUACAACCUGAACCUUUGUCACCAAGUAAAGCCCUUCGUGUAGCAAUGCUCAAGGGUCGUUUUGCUGGAACAAUCGUGAAGGCGCAGCAGAAUGCACUUCUGGAUCAUGGGAAGGAAAUAGACCCUGCAAAAUUGAAGUUGGAAAAAGAGAGGCUGGAAAAAAGGCAGCAAGAAGAGAAAGCAAGGAUUGAGGCCCAAGUAAGGGCUGCUGAAGCUGCUGCACAAUUAAUGCUAGACGAAGAAAUGAGGAUGAAGCGCGAGCAGGAAAGAAAGGCCGCACGACUGGCACUGCACAUGAUGAAGAAGACCGUUGAUAUUGACAACAGUGACUUUCUAAAGGACCUGGAGAACUUAUGCCAAAAGUGGCAAUUGAAUCCCCCAUGCAAACUGAUUGUGGAUUUUGUCAAUGGGAUAGAGUUGCCACCAGACCUAGGGAGCCCACUGGAGGCGCUUGGCCUAUUCAUGAAGAAGGAUCUUGAGGAAGAGGUCGAACAUGAAAUGGAGGAUAGCAUAUAACCCUCCCCGAAUGCCAAUGUUGAGGAAGGAGAGAUCAGCUGCUGUCAAUAGCGUACCUCUAGAAUAUCCAUUUUUCUUUCCUCUGGACCAUGAACAUGCUUGCCGGGAUUGUAAGAUUAUGUGUGCGCUAUGUAACCUAUUCCACAACCAUGCAACCUCAUGAGCAGAGUAAAAAGAAGUAUUAGUUCGUGUGGUCUGUCUUACUAACCGAGUUGCAGAAUGUCUCUUGCCGAACUCUGGAGUAGAUUGAUUAAUUUGGGCUCUGCUGCCAGUUUUAUGGCUGUCGUAUGCCAAUGUAUGUUGUAGGUGUUCCAAGUGACAAAGUCUAUUUAGAGUGAGCUCUUGACUGGACAUUCUGUAAACUAAUGAGAAAAGAGAAAAAAAGAGUAACGAGAUAUGAGUGUUUAUAGUA